AUCUUUAAAACAGGGGAGGGGAGAAAAAAAAAGGAAGGAAGGAGGAAAAAAGCCCCCCAAAAAUACACACUACCAGCUCAGUCAUAACUGUGGGAUGAUAAGGACUACCUCUUUUUACUUUUGGAGAGAGACAAGCCGUUAGGAGAGCAUUCAGCAUCAGCUGUUCAGCACUGGUCUCUCAUUGCUGGAAGUCGGGGCUGAAUCAGUCACAUGACAGAACUGGAGGCAGAGAUCUAGAGAAAAGGCACAGCAUUUCGGCUCGCACCGCCAUACUGUAUUUUGAGCCAUAUCACAUUUUUAUUGCAACAUUUUACUCCCGCUCGGUGAGUACAUUUCCAAUGGCUUUUUUGUAAGCAUUUUUUGUCUUUUUAAUUGCCCCCCUUUUUUUGUUUUUCCUCCUUUUGCUGGUGGUUUGAAAUUUGAGCGUUUGACAUGGUGGUUUUGAGCGUUUUUCCACAUCCAGGCUUCAAGUUUUUAGCAUGCAGUUAUUCUGAUGGAGAGUGCCAAGAGGGUGAACGGGUGCGUUAUCGGUCUUGAGAAAGCCGUUACUUGCUUGCAGUUUUGUUUCGAGGGUCGAAACCAAGCAGCUUUUGUCAGUCGUUGAGAUUUUUGCGAACAUUCGCUGGGUGGUUUUGGAAAGCAUUUUUAAUUUUUUUUGUUUCUGUCGACUUUUGCUGUUGCUAUGCUUUGGUUUGCAUUUUGCAGUGUUGUUUGUUUGCCUUCGAGUUUUGUGAUUUUGAUGUCUCGGUGAAUCUCACCGAUCAAACCCCUCCUUGCUUUUACUUUGCUCUUCUUUUCUUUAUUGAAAGAAAAAAAACACACAAAGCAGAAGGGAUUCAUUUUUAAAGCCCGCUGACGUUUUAACGUGCUACUUUUCUUGCAGCCGAGCUCACAGGUUUGUUGUUUUUGCGUUUCUCUCUUUUUCCGAUUUCAUUAUACUUUUGCUGGUGGCAGUGUCAAGUAUUUUUGGAUGUUAUUUUUUUUGACUAGAUGAUGCUGGGUGGACGAGGGGAGUUUUGAUUCUUGGGGGAGUUCAAAAUGCGUUUUUGUUUUCUAUAUCAACGAGGAUGAACAGACAUUUUCCCUCUUGCAGGAGGGCAACUGGAGGAGAAUGACUGGUAAAACCCAGACCAGCAACGUGACCAACAAGAAUGACCCUCGUUCCCUCAACUCCAGAGUCUUCAUCGGCAACCUCAACACAGCCAUCGUCAAGAAGACUGACAUAGAAGUCAUCUUCUCCAAGUAUGGCAAGAUAGUGGGCUGCUCCGUGCACAAGGGCUACGCCUUUGUACAGUAUGUGAAUGAAAGAAACGCCCGGGCGGCUGUGGCGGGAGAAAAUGCCCGAAUCAUCGCUGGGCAGCCUCUUGACAUAAACAUGGCCGGGGAGCCGAAGCCCUACAGGCCUAAAGCCGGCUCCAAACGGCCGCUUUCAGCUGUUUACAGUGGAUAUGAAUUUGAUUACGAGUACUACAGGGAUGACUUCUACAGCAGGCUCUUUGACUACCAUGGCAGAGUGGCCCCCCCACCCAGAGCUGUGAUCCCGCUGAAGCGCUCCAGGGUGCUCACUCCUUCCUCCCGCCGUGGGAAGACCUCCUUCCCCAUGAAAACCUCCUCCUCUUCCUCCUCUUCCUCCUCCAGACCUCCCACAUCAUCCUCCUCCUCCGGGGUCAAACCAGUGAAGACGGACCAGCUUCAGACGAUUAAACGGGAGCUCACUCAGAUCAAGAUGAAGAUCGACUCUUUGCUGGGACGCCUGGAGAAGAUUGAGAAGCAGCAGAGAGUCGAAUCUGAGGCUCAGAGAAAGUACGAGGACAACUGCGACUCCCUGCAUGAGGAGUCGGUGUCGGAGACGGCAGAAAACUCCGGGGAGGAGGCCGGCGAGGGGGCGCUGGACGUGGAGGCGGGCGAGAUGACUGAUGGAGGCGAGGACGACUUCGACGAGGAGGGCAGCCACCAUCUGAUAGAAAACCACGUAUCGGAUAUCGACAACUGAGAUCAGGGCAUGGAAGCAGACACUCCUGGUCGGUGGUAUUAGAAUUCAUCAUCACCUUCAAGAGACAGAAAAGGCUCUCGGAGGGAUCAAGACACUCAUUCAGGACUGUAAGUUGUGUUCAAGAGAUGCCGGAUCACAUUUAGAUGCCCAGUUGUGCAGCACAAAUCAAAUGUGAUGUACUCUCUAAAGAAAAUAUUCAUUUUAAUACACCGGCCUGAGUUUACUUCAUGUGCAACGUAUAUUACAUCGCAAGAAGUCGACAGCGUCAUGACACUAAUUCUGUUCCUAAAAAAAAAUAAAACAGAGGGGAAAAUGGAAAUAAAGGCUUCUAUUUUGAUUUAUAAAGAAAGUUAUGUUGAAAGACGGUGAUUUGUUGAUCAAUCGUUGCUGCUUUUAUGAAAUGUGCUUGCGCUGUAAUUUGACGAAACUGUUUCUUCUAUGAAUUUUAUAUUUGUUUGUUUUUUUUUUUCUCGCUCAAAUAUCAACUGAAUAACUGACAGUCAGAACAAUCUGCCGGCCGCAGUGUGAUAUACAGCAAAUGAAUGAAACAUCGCUGCCGUCUGGUUCGGAUUUGACUCAUACAUAAGCCAAUAGCUGUGAGCAUAACUUUAUCCAGCUUUAUCCAUUUAUCACACAAAUGCCCUGUGGGGCUGUUCCAUCAUAUAUUCCAACUCCUGCCAAGAUUGAGAAGCAGAAAGGGCUUCCUGUGGUAGAGAGCCAGCACUGGCACCGGCCUCCUGCCAGGGAGCAGUGCCCUAACGUCUCAGUGCUCUCCUCCCUGCUCAGCCUGUGCAUCCCAACAUGGACGGCUGCUGUUCAGGGGCCAACGCCUUCCUCCUCCACCGUCUCCUUCUGCAUUCGACUCCAUGUAGGGUGUUUUUUUUUUUCCCCCUUUAGAACUAGUUGGAUUAUUUUAAAUUAUUCACCGACAGGCUUUGAUACCGUCUCGGAAUGAGGCCUUGCGAUUUGGAACACUUAUAUUUCAGGCAUAAUCUAACAUGACUGAGAGGCUGAUGCUGCAUUAAAGUCAACUUAAAUGAGAUUAUUUUGACAAAGUGCAAACAUUAAAAUGGCUCAGAUGAAACUAUACAAGGCAGCAGUGGAUGAUUUGUCCACUAGUUGAGUGGACAAAUCAGUAAAGUACAUUUUUGCAUGCUGAAGUUCCCAUUUAUCAGUUAAAUUGCUGGCAUCUGGAACUGCUACCAUGCAAAAAAAAAAAAAAAUGUAAAAAAUAAAGCAGCCUGAGCUUCAGCUGAGCAAUUAUAAUUAACCAGAUUAUAAAUAAAUUGCUGCAAAUUGAAUUAUGUCACUAGUGAUUGGAUGCCAGCGUGUUCUGCUGUUAAUUAUUCAAACCAUGUCUGCUACUUUUCUUUUUUUUUUUACCCCCCACCAAUCAGAUGGAACCACUGUAAAGUUACUUCAAACAAUCAACGUUGUUUCAGGACGUGGCUGUCGGGAACCAGGUGUCUCAGCUGAUUGCUUGGCGGCGUUAGUUUCACCGAGAUACGCUUGAGCUGAGAUUCCAUUACAGUAAAACGCCGUUCAAACCAGCUGAAUGUUGUUUGGACAGUUUUCAAAGAGUGGGAGUUGUUAACAAGGAGGGAUUGCUUUGUUAUCGGGUUAAAUGCCAAAAAAAAAGUGGUUGAACAGUUGCAUUUCUAUCAAAUUAAGUAACUUUUCAUGUUUGGUUUACUAUAUGGGCUGUGCGUUGAGGUGAAAAUACUCUUAUUAUGAUCAAAAUUCUGAUCUGGAGCAUUAAUUUGUGCAGGACAAACCAAAUCAGCUAACAUGUCCUUGUCUGCCUAACUGGUGCUACUGACUAAUCAGUGAACACACCUGGUUUCUGUUAGCCUUUAGCAGGGUUUGAAAGCCACCUGAAAUCAAACCGAGCUCCGUCACUGCUGUAGUAGAGCUGCUCAGUCCUGAUAUAUGUGAAAGCUGAAUUACGUGAUGAUGGUUUAAUGGAUCGUUUCACCCAAAUUACUAGAAAAACGCCUAUCUCUUACCUGCAGGAGGUUUCUCAUUAGGCAGAUAGCUGUGGUUUUAUGUGCACACGUUUUUUCAGAUGCCUACCCCCGAGGCUUGUAGCCACCGCAGUGCAAUCAAGGUAACGGUGAUUUCAUUUGAGGUGCUUGAAACAUGAAAAAUUGCAAAUUCAAUAGGAGCCUUUUUCUUUUCAGAAACAAUGGCUUAAUUAUGGUGAGAAUUCCACACAGAUGUCUCUACAGUUUCAUGUGACCUUGGGUAAAAUAGUGGUUCAAUGGAAACUAUUAAUUCUGUAAUUUAGUUAUUGUGACUGUUGCUUUGUACAAGGGUGUGACUGAUUAGCGUCCCGGCCAAUAAUCAGAUGGGAUAUUCAGCAUUUUUGCAAUGAUUGGAAUGAUUUACUUUUUACUAAAAUAGUGGAUUAAUUAAGCUCUAAUGCAGUGUAGUCUUGAGGAUUUGAUCGGUUGUUGAAUCAAACUGAACUGAACUCAUCUGUCAGAAAUGAGAGUUAAAUAUUGAUAAAUGCUCUUUUAAUGAGACAUAUGCAAUAUAUAAAUGAGGAACAAAGGUUAUUCCAGAAAAAUUACGUGAUGGAAUUUGCAUUAUUCUAAAUUGUGUCGCAGAAAAUUUUCAUUUUCUUGUACAUGCAUACAAGUUAAAUAAUAUUGUUCUCCUUGAUUGCUAAUAAUCAAUACUGCUUAAACCCUGCUUUAAACACAACCAAUAAAUGAUUGAUGUGCAUCAAGCCUUGCCUCCUAAAGUGAUGAAGAAUAUUUUCUUGUGUGAUUUGGGUGAACUGACCUUUUAAACUGAAGAUUUCUAAAAAAUAUAUAUAAAGGGAAAGUCACUUUCAUGACCACGUCAGUCAAUCUUAGCAGCACUGCCUGAAAAAAUCCAUAAAAUAAAAAUAAAAGACUGUCCUGCAGCUCAUUCAAAAAUCAGUGUCUGGUGAAUGAUGACAGUGUGUAAUAUUUAGCACUAUUUUUGUAUCCAGACACAUGUUUAAAGGAAAUGGCUUUGCUACAUGUUUAUCUUUUUAUUUUUAUUUAAUUUUUUUGCUGGUAGCCUGUUAUUUAAUGAACCGUACGGUGAUGUGUCAAAUAUUUUGCAAAAAAAAAUUACACACACACAAAAAAAAAACUCACUGCUUUUAACUGUCGUAUUUUAUCUGGGUCACUUUAGAACAUUUCUGGCUCAACACUGGCUUUUCGUUCGCCCUGUAAAUAGUCUUGUUUAUUUCCAGUAGGCUAGAAAGAUGAAUUUUGUUAAGUUUGGAAAAUAACACUCAAAACAAUAUACUGGCAGUUUGUCGGAAUCAUUGCAGGUUUAAACCAGAAUCGUUGGACUUGUAGAGACGUGUAACUGACAACUGUUGUAUAGAAAUGUACAUUUUUUUGUAAAGAUAUUUUUAUCAAAAGGCAUGUUUACUGUAACUUUGUAUUUUCAGUUUAUGUACAAAAAAACCCAGUAUAUUCCAACUGUUGUAAGGCUAGAAAACUCAUUGUCAUUGUAGAUAACUAUUUGUGUUCUUAUCCGUCAAUAAAAAUGUUUGUGUCAUAUAUUGAA